AUGCCUCAUACAAGUCGCAAGAAAAAGAGUCUCCACAGCAAGAGGAGGGAAAUUUUGGACGAUGACGGUUGGACAAGAAUCACAUCCGGCUUCUCAGCGCCACCGACAAUCCAGACGCCCCCGACUGACAGCGAGUCAGAGCAGGACUCGAAUUGGACUGCUGGGGGAGACGCUACCAUAGAGCUCUCUCCACCGAUCUCUCUCCCAAUGUCGGCCGCCAAAGGAUCAACGCUUGAGACAAUGCGAGCGCAGUUCGCCGGCCUUGAGGCGCGAUGGCAGGAAACGAACCUCUGCAAGAUGCUUGAACAAACAGUGACAGACAAGAUCUUGACCGGGAAAUGUAAAGUAUCUAACUGUGCUGUUUUCGGGACAGGCAGCUUUUGCGGCGAUGCGGUUCAUUGGAUUGACAGACACGAGUCGGCAUAUUUUCAACUGGCGGCCUUCAGAACCGUGGUCAAAGCGAUGGAACGAAUGCAGGCUCAUCCUCUGCAAGCGUAUGCCCAAGAGCCAUAUUACAAUGAUUUGGAUAGCCUCUUCCUGGCCAGCCUCAAUAUCACCAAAGUUGACCACCCAAAAGCAUUCGAACUGCUUGAUCGGAAUUCGUUCGUCUACUCUCCGGCUGCAGAACAAGAGAUUGAGAGUCAGAUCAUGUCUCGCGGUCCACGGAUAUGGCUGCACAGAUCUUUUGACCAUUCGCUUCUGGGGGGCCAGGAAGCAAAGGCAAGCUUUGAGGCAAAAACAAAGUUCAAACAGGACCACGAGCACGCAGAAAUGCCUGAGUUGGCUCUCAAAAACUUCCCGUUCCAUGGCUCAGUGAUGUGGUGGCGCAAAGACGAUGGCAUCCAGGGGCAUGUCCAAGCCUCAUGA